AUGGCGCCCGGCACCUCGCAGCAGCCGGCCAAGUACCAGUAUGUGUACACUGCUGGGAAACCAAAGAUUCUUCCCGUCGACGAGGUCCCACAAGGAGAGGAGAGUCCCGCUGAAUACAAUACUGGUGGCUAUCUCCCUGUAAGACUCACCGAUACUUUCAAAUCCGGUCGGUAUACUGUUGUCCGGAAACUAGGCUGGGGCCAUUUUUCAACGGUUUGGUUGGUCAGGGACACUGAACGCAAUCGACACUCCGCCCUCAAAGUGGUGAAAUCAGCUGGGCGCUAUGCAGAGACCGCGAGGGACGAGAUCAAGCUGCUUUCUCGAGUAGCUGCUGCUUCGCCCCUCCAUCCUGGUCGACAACACAUCGUCUCGUUCAUGGACUCGUUUUCACACGAGGGCCCGGAGUCAUCUCAUAUUUGCAUAGUAUUCGAACCUCUCGGCGAAAAUCUCCUUGCUCUAAUAGAGAGAAAUCGUCGCAAGGGUGUCCCUCGUGCGUUGGUCAAGAUCAUAGCAAGACAAGUUCUCUUGGGCCUCGAAUAUCUGCAUGACGAAUGUGAUCUGGUUCAUACCGACAUAAAGCCGGAAAAUAUACCAGUCAUCUCGAUUCCUGAUGUGGAAGAGUAUAUCUGCAGCGAACUGAUUCAUUCGCCAUCUCCCACUUCUCGUCGGGUUGGCGUUCCCCCUCCAAAGACACGACCUUCGGUGUCAAUACCUCAAACACUUGCACGGUCGCGUCGACAGGUCCAGAUCUUCGACUCGCAACCCCUCGCCAGUCCAGGCAGCCGAAGCAGUGGUCUCGGGAGUCAUAGUGGCCCUAAUAGCGUCAGCAGCAGCUACGUUUCCCCCAUGCAAAUGUCACAUAUGGCCAAGUAUGGUGUGAAUGGGCUCUCGUCGAGCGCUCCAAAAGUCCCAAGUGGACUUUCAACAUCUGCUCCCCGAAACCUAGUCCCUGUAUCUUCCAAAUCAACCCCCGUCACUGCUGCUUCGUCACAUGCCAAUUCUCCCAUCUCACCGCCUUCUACCUCCUCCUCGUCGUCGUCCAUAUCGUCCACACCCUUUACUGCGGCAGACUCGGUGAACACUCCCCCCACUUCACUAUCGAAUUCCUUUGCAAGCGCUAUGGUUGGUCUCUUGCAGGCGACCAAAGAGCCCGGCAAGAGUAAAGCUGUGUCAUUGAACUCGACGUUCAAGGAGCCAGCUGGCCUGCCCAUGAAGAACAAACGGCAGUCCGUCAUGGAGUCGGAGUUGGAAGAUGCCCUCUCAACUUCAUGGAAAGAGAAGCUUGGUUUGACCUCGGCAUCACUAUCACACAAAGCAAACUCUUCCAUCAGUGCUAAACCCAAGUUACCGAGGGGACAUACUAGGUCAAGCUCAGGCAUAUCUGUUUCUAGUUCUUGGAAGGAUCCGGGUCUUUCAGCGCCAGCGCCUGCUGUUGUUGUAUCUGCCGUUGUGCGAGCAGAUGGCGAGCAACAAGGCGACUACUUCCAGCUUGCGAAUAGUCUUUCUGAAAGCCAGGCACCUACCCCUGCCUCGUCACAGAGCUCUUCUGCAACUGUCACGAAAGCCCAUCCAUCUCCAAAUCUAGAUUCACAGCCAGGCAAAGCGGCGAUCAAAGUGUCGAAUCCCAAUCCUUCCCUCCUCUCCCAAACAGCCCCACGGACGCGAACAACUGUAGCUGCCCAUGGCGUACUACGUGUUUCGCCACCUUCCUCCCAUAUUUCACAACUAUCUGCUCAUAUGCAUGUCCAUGCCCCGCCCCCGUCUCCCUCAAAUGGUAGAGUCGAUAGAACAUCAUUGCCGCUUUCUCCUUCGUCUGCCACAUCUCUGACACCAACUGCAGCAAGCCCUCCAAUGGCAAGCCCUCCAUCUGAUUUACCUCUUCCUCAUCUUCAUACUCCUGCCUUGGCAUUACCUCAACCUCGACCGCCUCUUGCUCCACAAAUAUCCGUCAAGAUUGCCGACCUAGGCAAUGCCACUCCUUCGAAAAAGCAUUUCACGGAGGAUAUUCAAACGCGUCAAUACCGAUCUCCUGAAGCCAUCAUUGGCCGCAAAGAUUGGGGCACACGGGCUGACAUAUGGAGUGUGGCCUGCCUGGUGUUUGAACUCCUCACGGCCGAGUUCCUUUUUGAUCCUCAAGGCCAGAUCGACUUAUUCACCAAAGACGACGAUCAUAUGGCACAGAUCAUUGAGCUACUCGGCGACUUCCCGCUUGAGGUGAAAAUGGGCGGGAAAUAUAGUCAUGAGCUUUUUGAUUCAAGCGGCUCGCUCCGAUACAUCAAAACGCUCAAGCCUUGGCCCCUGCAGCGUGUCAUGACCGAGAAAUAUCUUUGGAGUGAUGACGAUGCGGCAGUUUUAUGCACUUUUUUGGAGCCGAUGCUGGCUGUCGACCAUCGAAAUCGUGCCAGUGCCAAAGACAUGCUUGACCACCGAUGGUUGGAAGUUUUGGAUGUGGAUGAUGAUGCGGUGGGUGAAUGGUGA